AUGGCAGAGGAGCUGUCCUCGCUGGUGCCCAAGACACAUGGAAUCACAUUUAGAAUUCAAAUCAAUGUGAAAGAACUGCUGGAUACAGAUGUGCUUUUAAAGCUGUUAUUUCAUUUACCAGUCAAUUAUCCAUCAACUCUACCAGAUAUUUCUGUUAACUCAGACCAGCUUACAAGGGCCCAAUGUAUGGACGUGAAAGAUAAAUUACUUGAACAAGCGAAGAUGCAUCUUUCUGAACCCAUGGUACAUGAUCUGAUUCUUUGGAUACAGCAGCAUCUUAAAUAUGUCAUUAAGCAAUCAACAACAGUUUGCAAUGAAAAAACUACUUUGUCAAAAGGAACAAGUACAGAGGAUGGUAUCUGGAUGCUCCUUUUGCAUUUAGAUCACAUGAGAGCAAAGGCAAAAUACAUCAAAACCGUGGAAAAAUGGGCUUCAGAUCUGAGGCUGACUGGAAGACUGAUGUUCAUGGGCAAGAUAAUAUUGAUUCUUCUUCAGGGUGACAAGAGCAACAUUAAGGAGUACUUGAUUCUUCAGAAAACUUCUAAGGUAGAUGUGGACUCAAGCGGAAAGAAAUGCAAAGAGAAAAUGAUUAGUGUACUGUGUGAGACAAAAGUACAGUCACAGCAUAAAAGGUUUCAGAUGUUUGAAGUGAAAGAAUAUUCAACACUGGAUGAGCUACAAAAGGAAUUUGAAACUGCAGGACUUACAACUCUUUUCUCCGAGUUUGUGCCUCCUCUCUUAAAAUAAAAUUAAAAGAAAACACUGGACUCCUCAACCAAAGCAGUAGUUGACUGCAGAUGCUGAUGGAAGAUAAAAGGACUAAUUCAGCAAACAAUGUUAAAGCUUUUCUGAAAAAAAAUGCCAGAAGUAGCCAUCCUCUUGCAAGAAGGAAAAGGCAAUUCAUACAUUAAGAAUUAAUAAUUUUUUGACAUUUAUGUAUUGAUAACCUUUUUCCAAGGAAUGUAGAGCUAAUUGUGAUAAUUGCAUGGCAAGCAU